ACAUCCUCGUGGUUACCAAGACAGCCAAGACGCUGCUGGCGCCGUGACGUUGAGUUUACGAUUGCGUUUGGGAACAUGGAACGCAAUUUUUGCGUGAUUGCGAUUUGUAAUAACGGACACAUACACGCUUCCUUGGCCAAAAGGUAGCUGGGAUGUCGGCGAGCGGAACUGGCCUGUUGCGUGACCGCAGGAAUGAGUACUUUCGGACGAACAUCAAUCAUGUCGUUCCAGAAGAUCGUAGGCUGGUGCGAGCGAUGUCGGAGCGAUGGACUGAAGAGUCCAAUACUCCUUUACCCAGUCGGACCGACCGAAGCAGUCAAGAUGUGCAGCAACAUGGAAUGUUCAGACAUGGUAAAUGGCAUCAUUCAGGCAGACGUCGUCAAGAUAGACAUGCCUAAAUUGCGUGAAAUUUUCACAGAGCCAAGCCCAGUUGAAUGGUGUGACGAUGACGGAGGAUAUCAUCAUCAUUGUGUCAAAUUGGCCAAAUCAAGAACCAGUCCUUCUGCAGGUUUGGACCCAAAGGAUCAGAAGAGCAGAACACAUCAUACUUCUGCCACCAUCUCUGCCACGGCAAAGGUGACCACUGGACCCCUUCAAAGACAUGCUGUUGAUGUUUAUGACAAGGUGCCUACUGCAUCCAACGCCAACACUUCACCGAACUUGGACCCAGAAAAUUACAGGGAUAGGUUGUGUCAAGAUACCGCUGUUUCCAUCAGCGGUGACGCAGUACAGGCAACUGCCAAUCCAUUUGGAGAGCCCACAGUUGGCGUUGGUGACAGUGAACCCAUUGCAUUGUUGUGUGUUGAGCCCCCAGGGUACGUGAACCCAGUGAAACAUGUGUACAGGACAUGUAACACUUCUCCCUCUACCUGUGGUGGUGCGGGACAGGUGUCCGUCAAACCCGUCGAAGAGCCAACCAUCAACAUUUGUGACAGCGCAGCCAGUGAAUCACUGUGCGCCGACUCCGAGGUGUGUACGGACAAAGAGGAACAUGUCUGUAGCACACGUGAUACUUCUGCAUCCACCUGUCAUGAAGUGGGACAUGUGACCAUCGACAAAGUUAGAGUGCUUGCUGUGCCCACUUCUGACAGUGCACCCGUUCAAUCGUUCGGUGCUAACACCUCGCUAUGCAUAAACACGUGGAACCAUAGGUACAAGUCACAUCCUUCUAUCCACACACCUGCUGCGGCUGUAACAGCACCAGUGAGAGUUACCACUUCAUCAUCUGACUCGCCCACCAUCCCUCCGAGUGCAAACACAUCGUUGGAAGUGGAUACAGAAAAAUGCAGUGACACAGGAGGAGGUCCUGUUUUCUACACGUCUCUGAUACCCAAGGCGAUGACAGUGAAAGUUGUCGCUUCAUCAGAGCGUCCUUUUUGUGUUGUUAAUCGUAAACCUACGAGCCCUACUCUCUGCCCAGAGACAAAGCAAGAGAAAAGUGCUGAUGAAAAGUGUGACAUGUUCAACGUGUGUCAAAUGGGGAAAGUACUUAAAGUGAAAAUUGUUGCUACAUCUGAAAUGGAUUCCUCUUGUCAUCUCUCUAAUAAUGUUUCGACUUCCACCCUCCUUGCAAGAGGCGUUAUUGACUCAUGGCAAGAGGUCAUGCCAGGGGAACUAGAGGAUGAAGUAAAUUGUGCAUUCAAAGUAUAUCCUCAUCAAAUGAUAGAAGAGCCAGCAGCAAGGAAUGUUUCUACAAGUUAUCUCAGGAGUGCGAAAGCCUUUGUUACCCCAGUAUCCUCAUCCCUACGACUAAAUACUGCAGAUGGAUAUGCUGUGAAGCAAAAGAAAGUGACGAGUUCACCAUCUGCAAGCCUAGAACGCAAGCAUUGGGAGAGAACAAAAGUGCCAGUAGUUUGUGAAAGUAUCUCAAGAAAUUUAGAAAAAGGCCAUGCAUCGUUUGAUGCUGCCACUGGAAGUGCAGACAGUGCGUGUGCCACAGAAAACAGUUCUGUGGAAUUGACCAACGAGGAAGAGAUGAUUGUACCUGUUCCAGCUGCCAUGGUAACUAACGCUGCCACCACAUCUGCGGUAGCAUCUGACACAAUUGACACGAACCGAUUUUUUCACAUGAGACAGAACUUGGCAUUACCCUGUGAAACCUUAUCCACAAAUCUGUCUGCACUGUCGCAAGAACAAGGAGUUAGAAAUACAACAGACCACAAUUUCAGUGAUUCAAUGGGACAUUGUAGUGAUGUGUGUGACAUGCUGAGCAUAGUAGGCCAGCCGAAGAAUGACCAGAUAGCUAGUGAAACGUCAGAGCUGGCCAAACCUCUGGGGGAAGUGCGAGCUAAUACUGAAACUGCAGGUAAUCAGAAACCUGCCAUUGUAGAAACUACGCUAAAGUCUUGGAGUCCACUUGAUCGAAGUGGUGUAGGCAUACAAGAAAGCUUAGUCGGAGUGGGCAAGUUUGCUUUGCCAAAUAUUUUUGCAUCUUGUCAAGAAGAGCAAAGAGCGAAUCAACAAAACCUCACUGUUUCGAAGGACUUUGGCAUUGAGCUGUCCAACUUGCGUAACAGAAGUGAAGCAACCUUAGCAGAAAACUUAACAGCAAGCGAAAUUGAAAUAGCGAUGCAGUCACCUGAACCUUUACAAAAAUGUGAGGACGCAGAAAGUGUCGCCACUGACUAUAUUUUUUCUAGCCUGCCAGAUUCCCCAUUGAGUUCGCAAAGUGUAAGUGAGGCAGAGUUACAAGAACAGUUGGCAGUAGUGGAUAAAAUGCCUUCAGUGGAGCUGCCCAGGUCUUUACAAAAUGAGGGAGAAGGCACUGACAGUGCAGGUCACUGCCAUAAAUCCCUUGAUUUACCAAGUACAGAUAAUGAGCUUUUCAACUCGCAAAGUAUAAAUGAAGCAAGCUCGCCAGGAAACUUGAGAGUAGUGAUGGAACCCUCGACUGACCUAAUCAGACCUUUCAAUGAAGGAGGGGUCACUGAAGCUGCUGCUACCUCCAACAACCCUCUUGCUCCGUCUUGUGCAAUCGGUGAAUUACCUUGCCAACCAAGCUCCAACGAAGCAAGCUUACCAGAAAUCAUUGCUGGAGCAGAGGAGACUAUGUCAUCGGUGCUACCCAUGUCCUCGCAAGAAGCAUGGAUAAACACUGAACACAUUGACAGCUAUUUCGACCCUGGUGCUUUUCCAUGUGCUCCUGGUGGACUGUCUAGUUUGCAAAGCAGAACUGAGGGAAGCCCACCAGGAAAUCCAGGGGCCAUGAAUGGAACACCCUUGAUAGAGCUGAACAGAUAUCUGCUGAAGAAAGGAGAAGGUACUGCAAGUACUGUCAACUGCUGUGAACUUUUACCUCAGUCUAGUGCCAUUGGAGAACUGCCACGCUCGCACACCAUUGGUGAGACAUUGCAAGCUAGCAUCUUAGCAACAACUGAAGCCAUAUCACGGUCACAAUCCUUAUGUAAUGAACAAGCAAAUACCGAGGGUACACAUGGGCACCAUAAAAACCUUGUGUCAAGGGCUGCCACUGAUUGGUCGAGUUCACUAUGUAGAAGUGAGGAAAGCUCACCAGAAGGCUCAGUGGUAGCAAGCGAAACCUCUUCAGUGGAGCUACUGGGGUCUCCACAGGUGCAGCUUGGAGGCAGUACACGGACAGACAUAAAUAUGCACUGUGAAGAUUCUGCUGCAUCAAAUGCUAUCUCUGAAAUCCCUGGUUUGCCAAACAAAACUGUGGUUUGCAAGCUGGGUCCUGUAGAGGAUCCCCUUACAGCAUCAUUGCACAUUGCGAAUUGCAUGUCAAAUAUGAAAACUUGUAGGCUGCAGAAAGUUAUAGUGCAGGCUGCUGGUACAGAUUUAAGUACAGAUACCUUGUUGACACAGGAACCUCCUACGAAUUCCAUUGGCCUUAAAGUUUUGCACUACACUGUGUUGAAAAACAAUGCAGGGAGUGAAGCUGGCUGCACUGAUGGCUGUCUUUCACCAGCACCCUCUACUUUACCUCAGCCUCCUAUUGGUAAUUUAAAGAGAAAGAGGAGUCCAUCAGCAACUGCAACUCCCACCAGUACUGCCAAAGCGGCUAGUAGUGCAGGAGCUGACUCUGGCACACUGCAGCAGCGCACCUCUGCUACAUUGUUGCAGCCAUCGAGUAUUUUGGGCAACAAGCCUUCGAAUGAUGAAGUGCAGGAGGGUGUCACGACGGUUUGUAUGGGAACAGAUUCAAAUAGCAAGGCAAUGCAAGCGAGUGGCAGCACGACUCAGGGGCAGCCCGUUGUCUUUUCAGUUUCAGGACUACGGAAAAGAACGCAGAAUAUUGUGGUCAAUCUCCUACCCAACAUUGUCACCACAGGCAAUACGCAGACUGCAACUGUUCAGAAGACAAGGACAAAAGGACGGAAGCCACCUGUCAGCACCGCAAGUGCAGUUACAGGCACAAGUGCAGCAAAACAAAGCAAGGAGCAGCAAGAAAAAAACCCUACUCUGCCAUCGGUACAAAAGACCAGUCGUACUGGUUGUGCAGUAAUGGACAAGUUGACCACGAUCAACCAAGCCCUGGCCAUACCGUUUACCAAACGUGCCACAGUUGCACCCAAUUCUAAGAGAAAUGCAAAAGUACCGAGGCGAGGUAGUAAAGCCUGCUCCAAUAAAAAGGUGAAAACGCGACAGAAGUGGCGGCAGGCAGUUCCAAGAAGAGAUGUGAAACAGACUCCAAGCAGAAAAAGAAAAGGUAGUGUUCAGAGUGAGCAGGUAGUUCCAGACAUCUUGCAACCUGUCCUCAGCCCUACGUCCAGCGAGCUCGACUCCGUAAGCUCAAAACCAAGCAAAAGCAGCUCAUCUGGCACUUCCAAUAAUGCAGCUGGCUCCGACUCUACUUGUAAAACCAGGAGUUCUGUCUGGCAGUCCUUCAGCAGCUGCAUGUCUGCCAAGGAAUAUGUACAAAUUAUAAAGAACCGUUUCUUCCCAAUGGAAGAGAGUGGGAGUGGGUUCCCUGGGUACCACCCUGUACUUGCAACCCGUCCACCUUACAAUGGGGACAAGAAGUCACCUGUGAUAGCACCAAAGCGCAGACGAAUGACUGCAACGACUCCUGCAAGGCAGACAACUGAAGCAGCUCCGGCUAAUGUUGGCGUCGAGCUAGAGCGCUACGUCUCCGAGUUGUCUACCUCCACGGACGUUAGUCAGUAUGACAGUGUUCUGUCAGAAUUGUUUGACUCUGUCACGUAGUCAUGCCAUGGCACCAGUUUCUUUUCACCCUCUUAAGAUGUUAAGGGGCUUAGUGGCACAGGCCACUGUGCAUUGACCUGUAAAUAAAAGUACAUGGUUCAUGUCGUUUUAUUGCAAAA